UGUAACGUAAUAAUAACGGGCUUCCGCUACGUAUUAAUUUCCAGUGGCACAGCUGAGCUCCAGUGGCUAAAAUCCUGCUACUUGUCAAAGCUUCCGGUUGCCGAUUGUCAAAAGUUAAUGGGAGUAAUAUCAUCUAAUUCGGUGUAUGGCCAAAAGUAGAUCCUGAAAACGUGAGAAUAAAAUCCCUGACACACCGCACACAAUGUCCACCUACAGUCAAGAGAAUGGGUUUGACCAGUCGACCCGAAGCUUCUGGGAGAUUGGUCAGUUUCAGAGGACGGUCAAGCGGAUGGAGAAUGGUCACAAGCUGUCCAAUGAACUGAUCUUACUCAUCCAGGAGAGAAGCGACAUUGAGAAGAAGUACGCCAAAAGUCUCAAGCACUGGUCAAAGAGGUGGAAUGAACUGAUUGAGAAAGGAGCGGAGUAUGGUACAACCAAAUCAGCAUGGAAGGCUGUGCUGACGGAAGCAGAUAGGAAAGCAGAACUUCACGCUGAGAUUGAUCAGAAACUCAACGCAGAUAUCAUGACGAGUAUCAAGAAUUGGCAGAAGGAAAGCUACCAUAAGAAGAUGAUGAGCGGGUUCAAAGAAACGUUUGAAACAGAUGAAGGAUUCAAAAAGGCCCAAAAGCCAUGGGCCAAGUUUUAUACCAAAGCCCAAACGGCCAAGAAAGCCUACCACUCGGCCGUCAAAGCAGAAAAGACCGCUACGCUACAGGAAACAUCAGCCAAUGGAGAUUCAGCUAUAUCACCAGAUCAGGUGAAGAAACUCCACGACAAGGUUGAGAAAUGUCGACAGGAGAGCAUGAAAACCAAAGACAAAUACGAGAAAGCCCUGGAUGACAUCACAACCUACAACCCAAGAUACAUGGAAGAUAUGAAAGGACAGUUUGACAGAACGCAAAGCUUUGAGAGCCAUCGACUAGAAUUCUUCAAAGAGACGCUCCUGUCCAUGCAGAGAGUACUUGAUCUAUCCGUUAAUCCAAGCUUUGCCCAGGUAUACGUAGACUUCCACAAUUCCUUACAGAAUGCUGACGCAGAUAAAGACUUGAAAUGGUGGAAGAACAAUAACGGCACAGGCAUGUCCAUGAACUGGCCAGUUUUUGAGGAAUACACGGAUGAGAUGCAUGCCAUCAGCUCUAAGAAGUCUAAAGGGAACAUAGGUGGAUCCGGUGGGGAGAAUGUGGCCAUACACACCUACCGAUCAACCUCUGAGUACUCCAACCAGGACUACGACCAAGGGUUAGGUGACAGCUCGCUGGGUGAUGAAACAGCGUACGACAGCGACGCAAGAAAACCCUUCAAACCUACCCCAGCCCCUCGACGAAACGGUUCCUUGACCUGCACUCUCUACCCUGAAAUAAAUAGCAAUUCCUCUUCCUCAUCCCUACCCUCAAACCGAAGUAACCAGGAAGCGAGCCACACACCCUUUGAUGAUGACGACGAUGAAGACGAUGGUGGGGUAGGGAAGAAAGAUGGUGUAGAGGUGAGGGCGCUAUACGACUACGUGGGUGUCGAGGCAGAUGAGCUCUCUUUCAAGUCGGGUGUUGUGUUUUUGAAGCUAGAGGAUGAAGAUGAGCAAGGGUGGUGCAGAGGGAAGGUAGGAGACGUGGAAGGGCUCUACCCUGCAAACUAUGUAGAAGACCUGUGAGACUGACUAUUCAUACAUUCUCAACGUUUUCAAGCUCUGUGUUACAUAAUAGUGUUAGGUGUCUGCUACGAUGUUAGCUGUAAUAUUCUGUAAUGGAUUUACAUGUAUGCUAAUUCACAACAUUGCAGUUUUAUGCCAAAACUUCUACAAGAAAUUUUUCAGACAACUUUGCAAUCAAAUUUUUGAAAGAUCAAAAUAACUUUCAGUUACAGUCAUUGGUGUGAUCAUGUUUUGACUAGUAAAUUUAAAAUUAAUAAAUGUUGGUUAUACAUGUAUGUAAGCAGGUAUACACAAGAUCGUUGGUCAUCAAUUACGGCUACAUUGUUAUUAGGAGCACAAAAAUAACUUUUCCAGUGUUUACUUACCUGUAAUUCACACGUUCAUCACACUUUAGGCCCUGCAUUAUGAGUUGCAAUCAUUAGAAAUUGAUUGCAAGUCCCCCAAUUUGAUUGCAAACUUAAAUUCUAUCUUGUGUUUAUACUUGAGUCACACCGCCAAACCGACUCCAAACUGACUCCAAACCAAGUUCUUGUUUGGUCUGUUAUCGGGAUGGAGUUAGUCAUGUUGGUGUGACUGUGCUCUUACAAUAUCUGAUAUUAAGUUAGCAAUCAAUUAGAAUUGAUCGCAACUCUUUUUGAGACAGACCACUGAAUUAACACUGAACUCGAAAACAUUCACCCUGUAAUAUAUCUUUUCUUUUGUAACAUGCUAUCAUUUCUUUUAUUAUUAACCAUACAAUAUUAUAUUAACUGUUAGAGAUACAUUAGAUACAAAUAUUAUUGGGCCAUUUGAAGGUUUGUUUUAUAUCAAUCAGUGAGUAUAUCUAUUAAAACAUGCUUGAAUCAUUUCUAUAGGUGACCAGAGAUAGAUUCAUUUAAAAUUCAUUUCAUAAUAAGAAGAGGCACUUUUUAUUCCAAAUUUUAUAAUAUUGAUGAAUAUACAUGUACAACUGGUAAUUGUAUUACAAAAUAGCAAAAUGUCCAACACUGGUGACAAGUAUUAUAUGGAUGACAUGUUUAUUUAAUACAGCGUGUUUGGAGAGUAGGAGAAAAUCUCUCAUGUUGUAAUAGAAAGACUACAAGCAGUAAAACUGGUGUUAGUAAAAUGAAAUCUUUGAAAAGUUUUUUUUCAACUGAUGUUUAUUGUUUGUUUGUUUGUUUGUAUGUAUGACAUCACCAAUAUCAUUAGUUACAUUAUUGUUUGGAGUAGCAGGAUUACUGGUAGGCUUUUUCUGCUCCAAUUGUGUGCCCUUGUAAAUACAUGAUGAUACCAGCAUGUAAACAAACAAUGAAAAGGGAGCAAAAAUAAUCGAUCACAGAAUUAAAGCAGACAGAAUGAAAAUGCAACUUCAUACAUCACCUGACAGUUACUUUUGAUCACCUGAUUUGUACACUUAAGUCACAUGACUGUGUUAUGUCUUUAUUUUGCAGUAGAGCAGCUCGGCCAACUGGUGUGAUAGACUAAUGUCUAGUUUCUAAUCUACAGAUUGGAUAUUGAAAAUGUACACUGUACAAUGUAAAUAAUAUUCAGGUUUAAGUCUACUUUCCUCUGUAUUCUAUUAAGCGCAUAGCUUUCAUAUUCUGUGUUUCUGUUUAUGAUUAUUUAGAUUCAGCCAGUACAAAGAUGUGUUAUUUUCAAGCUAUCUGUCCAUAUUUCUCAAUUAAUAUGAUUUGUACUGUUGGAUAAGUACUGGUAAAUACUUGGAUUAUCAUUUCUGUUUUAUUUAUAUCACUCCCUCCCUACCCUAGUGUCAUCAAACCCAGUUAAUUUAAAUCCUUUCCUCAUUUAUUUGUGUACAUUGUGGAGCAUAGGGUGUGGCAAGUUUUCGAUUCUAUAGCUCCAGGAUGUAAGCAAGGUGAUGGUUCUUUGAUUUGUAAGGUACUACUUAAUAAUUUGAAAU